UUGGGUUAGGAACAGCGAUCAGGCGAUCGAAUUGGAAAUCGAGUUCAGAUGAACAAGUCCAAUCCAUGGACGGCGCUGGCGUUGCUGUUGCUGGUUUGCUGCUUCACGGUGGCGGCGGCGGCGAGCGCAUUCAGGCUGGAGAAGUGGGAGCAGGUGGUGAAGACGGAGACCGGCGAGGUGAGAGUGCUGAGGGGGUCCGAUUCGCCUUCCAAGAGGCAAGGGGCCGGCGCCGGCUCCGAUCGUACGAACUCUAUUCACAUCGGCUUCAUCUUCAUGGAGCCCAAGUCUCUGUUCAUCCCUCAGUACUUGGAUUCCAGUCUCGUCCUCUUCGUUCACAGAGGGGAAGUGAGGGUCGGCUGGGUUUACAAGGAUGAUCUAGUGGAGAAGCAGCUCAAGAUGGGCGACAUCCUCCACAUCCCCGCCGGCUCCACCUUCUACAUGGUCAACACUAGCAAAGGUCAACGCCUGCAAAUUAUCUGCAGCGUCGACGCCUCUGAGAGCUUGGGUUUCCCUCCUUAUCAGUCAUUCUUCGUCGGCGGCGGAAGGAACCCUGUUUCAGUGCUCGCCGGAUUUCACAAGUCAACUCUCAGCACGGCAUUUAACGUUACUCAGGAAGAGAUCGAGACGAUCUUGGGAUCUCAAACUGGUGGGCCGAUUGUGAUGGUGACCGACGACGUGGCGGCGGGAAAAGAUCGCCGCCGGGGAAAAGGAGACAGAGGGAGGAGGGGCUUGCUGCUGGAUUUUGACAGUGAAGAGGAGGAGGAGGAGGAGGAGGAGGAGGAGGAGCAGAGGUGGUCGUGGAGAGAGCUUCUGGAAAAUUUCAUGAUCGGAGUCGGAGGAGGUGGCUCCGGUGAUGAUCGGAGAAAUGCCAAGAAAGGCCCGGUUAAAUCGCCUCAUCCUUACAACCUUUAUGAUCGUGAUCCCGACGUUAAGAACAAGUACGGGUGGAGCCUCGCCGUCGACGAGCAUGACUACAAACCCCUGAAGCACUCCGACAUUGGUGUCUACAUUGUCAACCUGACUGCUGGAUCGAUGCUGGCGCCGCACGUGAACCCAAGGGCGGCGGAGUACGGCGUGGUCCUCGGCGGCUCGGGGAGGAUCGAAGUGGUGUUCCCCAACGGCACGGCGGCGGCGAGUGUGGAGGUGGCGGCGGGGGACGUCUUUUGGAUCCCGCGCUACUUCCCGUUUUGCCAGAUCGCGUCGCGGAGCGGCCCGAUGGAGUUCUUCGGGUUCACGACGUCGUCGCGCCGGAACCGGCCGCAGUUCCUGGCGGGGGCGCGCUCGGUGCUGACGGCGAUGGUGGGGCCGGAGCUCGCGGCGGCGUUCGGGGUGCCGGAGGAGAUUCUGAGAGAGGUGGUAAAGGCGCAGAGCGAGGCCGUCAUCAUGCCCGCCCGGCCGUCGCCGGAGCCAACAAGGAAAGAAAAGGAGAGAGAAGAAAAGAUGGAACGGCGCGAGAAGUAGUAGCAUCAGUCGUGGCUCCUGUUGUGGGUGGAGACUGUGGAGUCGUGUUUCUAAAUAAUGUUUUGGGCCUCUUAAUCAAAUAAUAAAUGCAAAUUUAAUGAGAUUAAUGGGAGUUAAGCAAUGUAAGCCAAAAUUUGAGAUUAAUACCUUCCUAAUCA